UUUGUCUAAAGCAGUUUCCCCAUUCCCGGAAUAAAUUUCAAGAGAGGAGGAGCUGCAGAACACCCUCAGCGCUCAGACUGCUGCCCGUGCAGAAGGGCACCGCAGGUGCUGGAGCCUUUCCCUGCCUUCGUCUGGAAACCCUUCCCUGCGGGCAGCACUGGAGAGCCUCUGCAAGUACACAACAGGUUGUCCAUGCUGCCACCCAUCUCUGAACCACUGGAAUGGAGGCUGGGCACAGGAAGGAUGUCAUGACUCAGGGGAGGACACCGCACUGAACAGAAAACAUUCUGCUGGCUUGGGCAGUGAGUCGAACUGCUCCUUGGAAAUUCUGGGUUUUGUUCAUUAACAGCAGGAUUUCCUUCACCAAAGACAAUGGAUUACAAAACAUUACCUGUGAGUGAAUGGGUUGAGAACCAUGUCAAAUGUUGGCUGGAAUCUACUGGAAUCAAGAAGGAGUAUGUAGAUAAACUAUAUGAAGAAGAAGUGACAGGUCCAGCACUAAUGGAACUGGAUGAGUCUUUCCUCAAAGAUAUAGGAAUGAAGAAAGGCCAAAUCCAGAUUUUAAUCCACAAGAGAAAUGAACUUUUGCAGUGCCAGGACAAUGCACAGCAAGCUGAGGACUCCAGCAGCAAAAACCCCAACAGAACAGAUGCACAGAAAGGCCCAGCCAAAGCCAGCAAUGCCCCUGCUCAGGGCACGGCGAGUGGAGGCAGCUCAGGUGCUGUGGGUACAACCAGCAGCGAGAACACGGCUCCUACUUCUGGCAAGAAGCAAAAAAGAAACAAGAAAUCCCAGCUUCAAAGUGCUGAUGAAGUUUUAGACCUAAGAAACUGUCGGCCUUUUAGAAGUCAGGAUACUGAUUUCAAGUAUGUGAAAGACACAGUUCUUGCUCCAGAAUCAGGGGUCACUGAUUUAAUCAUUCCUUGCCAUGAAUACAAAUCUUGUAACACUGCUGCAGAACUGAACAAACAUCAACUGCAAUCAAAAUUUGCCUCUGAAGUGAUACGAUUUGCUUCGGCUUGCAUGAACAUUCGAACAAAUGGCACCAUCCAUUUUGGUGUCAUGGACAGUGUUGAGGACAAGGGCUGGAAACACGGACAGAUCGUUGGCAUAAAGAUCAAAAACAGAGAAGACUUUGUUGAUGCACUGGAUCAUUAUAUAGAGAAGUGCUUCUGCAAUAAUUUACAAGAAAUUGCAAGGAAAUGUAUUCACCCACCCGUGUUUAUCGAAGUGAUUUCAAAAGACUCUCAGGAACAAAGAUUUGUAGUGGAGGUUGACAUUGAACCAACAUUCAGCUUGGUAAAGAGUAAGUGUUUUGAAGUUUAUUUGCCAAAAUACAAUGAAAACAGCCAGCAGGUGACCCUGACCAAAGAACCAGCUCUCUACCAGAGACUGGGAGCAAAGUCUGAAUCUGUGCAGCGCAACAAGCUCACUGCUUUCAUUCAAGCCAUGCCAGACAGGGAUGCUCAGAGAGAAAGAGCUGAGCUCUCCAGCACACAAGAAUCUACAGAAAUAGCUCAAGAUUUAGGAAGAAAGUUAUCAAUUCUAUUAAAUGAUGGCAAAAGCUACAUGGAUGAUUCCCUACGGUACAUCCUUGUCACAAACAGAUGUGAACAGGAAAAUCUGAACUACAUCGACUUUUUAAUGCACUUGAACCUUUUCUGUGUCUUUGAUUUUGAUGAACAUUCUAAUGUGUCAGGACUGUACAGCAAAUACAAAGAGCACCAUGAAACAAGUUCUUAUUUUUUACAAGAUUUUUUCAAAGAAAUUAAGACUGAUAAUUCUCCCUCUCAGAAACUGUUUGAUCAGACCAGCUGGAUAUUCUGCAAUGGGCGGAGUGACUUCCUUGGGGAUGAAGAGCCUUGUGAUGAGAAUAAGUGGAUUAGAACAAAAAAAAAAUACCUGAAGAAAGUAAUUACUUGUAUCUGUGAGGAAAUUCUGCCAGAGCGCUCUUUCAUUGUGCUUUUUCUAUUGCUAUCACCAGUGCAGAAACCACUUGUGGACACUUUUCAGGAAUUCUAUACAGAGAUGAAUGGCAUGGAGUACAUCAUCUGCAUUGCAGAAUCCAAAGAAAAUUACAGAAAGUGGGCCAGUCUAGCUCAGGAAUCCUGCAGCAUUGAGACACUAGAACAAUGCAGUAUUGUGGGUAUGAAGCUCAGUCACGUAGAUGCCACCAUCAAAUCAAAGCUGCCUUCUACAGCCCAACCCAGACACCUGCCAACUUCCACUGGAGGCGUGUGUACACUUCCCUUGCGGGAAGAAGAGAAACUGUAUUCUCUAGAAAUCCUUUGUACUGACCAAUGUGAUGAUAUCAAAUAUAAUCUUUGGCCUGAAAAACAAAAACAAGAAAUAGAACAAAAUUUUUACCGCGGGGGAAAAAUCAAGUGGGAAAACUUGUGGCUUGCUGAAAACAAACUCUGUGGGGACAUCAUUGAACGUGAAGCAUGCGCGGAGGCAAGCAAACUCUUGGAUGGCAUUUUACGAGGAAGUGGACGCAAUUAUUCUGUGGCUAAACUAAAGAUAUUUCACCAUCCUGGGAGUGGUGGAAGCACAAUAGCACGGCAAGUUCUGUGGAAAAACAGAAAGCGUUUUAGAUGUGCUGUUAUCAAGACCUCAUAUUCGCACUCAACUGUUUGUAAUCAUGUGCUCGCCCUUAGAGAUUACGAAGAAAAGGAAAUCACUCACUGUUUUCCUGUGCUGCUCUUGCUCGAAGAUUAUGAUGAUGAGUACUUUGAUGACCUACAGACUGACUUAAUGGAGGCUGUAGGAACCAGGAAAAUGAAUACCGCCAAGCCUUAUUUCAUCCUCAUAUGCUGUAGACGAUGCAAUGAUCCUGAAAGGCUUUGCAAGGCUUCACCACUGGACACAGUUGCAGUGAGUCACAAACUGACAAAGUCAGAGAAAAGUCUGUUUAACACCAAACUUGUAAAACUGCAGCAGAAGUAUGAUGAGCCAGAAUUCAUACUUACAUUUGUGCUGAUGUGUGAGGAGUUCAAUAAAACGUAUGUGUCUGACAUGGUAGAGCACAUACUGCAAGGCAUUGACACGUCCUCUCGUGACACCUGCUUGAUGCGUUACAUUGCUCUGCUCAACUGCUAUGUACCAAAUUCAUACAUUUCACUGUCACACUGUGAGGCUUUUCUGGGGCUGGGGGCAUAUACAGAGAGUAAAGCAAGAGUAUACGAUUUCAAGCAUCACUUGAGUGAACAAGUAAGAAUGAUUUUUAUUGAGCUAAGGGAAAGUACCUCUUAUAUUUCAUCUAUUCGGAUAAUACAUUGCCUGGUUGCAAAAGAAAUUCUGCAUCAGCUUUCAGGGAAUCAAUCGCUAAGUCAACUUGCAACGAAUCUUCUUCAGGAAAAGGUACUCUUUGAAAACAGAUUUGGACGAGAAGAAUUCUUAAAGUUUAUCAGACAUCUGUUUAUUCGACGUGAUAAAAGAAGCAGGGGUGACAAUACUGAUACUCUCUUCUCCCCAUUCAUCGAACAUGUCUGUGAAGCUGAAGACUGUGAAAAAGCCAUUGCUGUUUUAAAAGCUGCAUAUGAAGUCUUUGGAAAAGAUGCUUUUUUUGCCCAGCAGCUUGCCAGACUAAAUUACACCAACGAAAAAUUUGAAGAUGCUGAAUACUGGGCAAAGGUCGCAAAAGCACAUUUGCCAACUGAUUCUUUUAUUUUGGAUACAGAAGGUCAAGUCUACAGAAAAUGGUUUAAUUUCACCGUGGAUAAAAUGACAGAGGACACCCCUGAAAGGAUCACUGAGAAAAUAUUGCUUGCUCUUGAAGCUAUUAAAUGCUUCAGAGCUGCACAACAAGCAGCAAAGGAAGAACGUGAAAGUAUGAACAAUGCUGGCUAUUUUGGAGAAGUAGAAGUAGGUUGUCGCCUUCUUCGAUUUUUGUCCACACUGCCUGUAUUCCACGGAAGUCCAAAGGGAGAACAUACUGAACUUGUGAAAUAUCUCACCACAAAUUACAUUCCUGAAGACAUAAAAAAACCAUGGGAAAAGCUUCAUUCCCGCUUAAAAGGCUUGCAACAGAACCUGUACAAUGCCCUGGAAUGGAUUUCAGAAGAACUAAGUUAUUUCCAAACAGAAAAAAACCAAGAGAAGGAUGACGAAAAUGAUAAGGAAGAACAAAUUCAUAAUCCCAGAAAAUGGUUGAGAAGGCAGUCAGCAGUAUACGCUAAAUUCUUCAUCUCAGCAUCACUUGAUGAUGACAGCAACAAUGGUCCUGACACUCAGCUCAUGAGACGCAUGAGUAUUUAUGGGAGUGGUGGAGGAAAUGUCACCAAUAUUCUGUCAUUCUUAACAGAUAACAAAGAGAAGAGGUCAGCUGAAAAGCUAGAAAGGAUCCUUGAUUUCUAUCCAGAAAAACCUCUGAGGAAGGAGGACAGGCUGGAGGACAAUGAUUUAAUCAAUUUUAUUUUGUGCCACAUCACAUUAGCCUGCUUAGCACCAGGAUCAGCCAAACUCCUUCCACUGCCAAUUCUUCGUGAACUCAGUCUAAGAUUCUUCAAAAUAAAAAGACCAUCAAGACCAUUUCCAUCAAGUGCCUAUUUUCUGCUCACCUUGCUGUACUGGCCAGAUGAAGUAUUAGACAAAGAGCCUAAUCCCGAGAAUGAUGAAAUUUUAACUUUAGCCCUUCAAACCCUGAAACGCUUAUAUGACAUCAAAAUGAAAAAUGUUUCUACCAGAAAGAAAAGAAUCUACACCCCUUUUUUUCUGGGAAAGGGUUAUGGCUUAAAUAAGAUCGUGCACAAAAAUAAAAUUGAAAAAUUGAUGAUGGGGUCCUUAGAUGAGAGGAGAAUGAAGUGGCUGCAUGGAACUGUAUGGAGUAUUUCUGAAAUUCGUGACAAGCUCAAAAGAGUUUCUGGCUGGACCAAGGACAGAAAUUUAUUUAUACGAGGUCACGUAAAGGAACUCCGUAUCUUGCCACUCCAUCAUGAAUCAGUGCCUGCUGGAAAUGAAAAUGUGACCUUUUAUUUAGGCUUUUCAUUUAAUGGUCUUGUUGCUUUCAACAUUGAGGUUGAAAAUGAUCCAGCCAUCAGAAGAACCUAAGCUAUGUAGUACAGUGCUGCAUGCACUGUGCUCAUAGAGGGUACAGCACUGGAAUUGUCCAGUCUCAUAUUUAAAACUAAAAGUGGACUGUUCCUGGGUAACUACCAGGCAACAAGAUUAUCAGAAUUAACAACUGUAAUAGCAACCAAGUAACUAAAAAAAUUGGAACUAUGAGAGUGAACUUAGAGCCAGGACUUUGAUAGUUUUGGAGGUCCAAAAAGCAAGAUUUCAAACCAAAGACGGCAAUUGAUCCCUCUCUUCUUACCCCACAGAUUAGGAUUUUAAAUUAAUUUCUGCAUAGUCUUGAUCAGUAAAAUUUGUCCAGUGUAACUAAAUUUUUCUUCCUGAAUCAGGAACAGAAAAAUGAACGCACACCACAUACACUGGUCGCUGACACGUACCAUGCAUAAAUUAACUAGAGACUGCAAAACCAGGGUCAGUAUGGAAGCAAUUUUAAAGCUGACUUCACAAUCACAGAUAAAAAACCAGGUCUAAAAUUCUGUAUAAUCUUACAUUGCCUCUCUGUGUAAAUAUUUCCUUAGUAGACAUAUCUGAAUCUGGGGUGGGGUGGAGGUAUGCGAGCAGAAUCAUAGGUGACAAAGAUGAUUUGUAAGAACUUUUGUGUUUAUAAUCCAAACAAUUCCUAUACUUUCUGCAAUUAUUAUGCAUUAUCAUCCAAAGAAUGCCACACAAUACAGAACUGAAAUUUUUCUAGAGCAUACAUCCAUGAUUUGAAAAAUGCAAAAGGGGUUUUCAGGGCUGUGUUUGCAACCAUGAUGUCAAAUUCAGCUUCUAAUAACAAAACGUGUGUUGUUGCAGUUUCACAUUGUUUGAUGUAAGACAUUGUGACUAAAAUUGCCAAAACUCCCUGUCAUAUAACUUGUUUUAAUUGAAUAAAUAUCUUUUAUGAGGGACUACAA